AUGUCAUCAUCUCCAGCAACAGCCCAUAGACUUGCAUCACUAACGUCACAAGCAGCAGCCCAUCAUUUCACACCUUUAACCCAAAUGGGAUUGAUAAAAAGCUCUUAUGGACUUACGAAUCAAAGCCACACUAAUGCAUCUCUAGCUCCUGAGUCAACUGGGCUGCCCCUACAGGCUUCAGCACAAGGCUUACCGUCUCACCUUACUGCUGCACAU